AUGGAUUCCUCCCGCAAAAGGUCUCGCUCCGCGUUUCCCCCGUAUGCAUCUCUACGAAAGAUGACCAAAAGCAGCACUGAUAGAAGACUCAAGCUUCGAGGGCUGGGUCGAAAACUAAAAGGACAUUUCCACUCCCGUCCUCUGUCCGGUGGUUUCAACACCCCACAAGAACUGAGAAACGUAAGAUCUGUCAUUUCCCUCAGGCCAGUGAGAGACUUACGGCUCCAUCAGGUAAGCGAACCCACUCCACUGCCGUCCGCCAGACACCGCUCUGUUCGAUUUUCUCAUCCUGCUGUACGAUAUGUCAUCUCAGCGUUGCCUACACCACUUUCUACAGGAAAGCCUGUAAUCGAGUCUUCUGGCGAAAUCGACUCCUCGGCCGAUGUUGAAUUUCCCGGCCAGGUCAAUGCGUCUGCUAUUCAUGAUCGUCGAUCCAACGUUACAAACUCGGUCUUGUAUGAUCAAAUCUUCGAUCAGCUAGAUGGUGUUCUGGCACAUCCGCGGGACAGCAAACUUCUCCGUCGACGAGCAGAAAAGAAGAACUUCAAUGGCGAGCAACGAAGCACUACCGUACAGUUCCCCGCGGAACCAUGGCCAAUCCAAGGAAUCUGUGGUUCCCAACCCAUCGAGCUCAGGACCAAGAAUGGAAUGCGAACCCUCCAAUACCUCUCGUUCCAUGCACCCAUCAAAGAGGAAGCUUUCAGCGACGAAGCAAUCUUCAAGACGGCUGAUGUUGGCAAAAGUCGAGAGCAGCACCGACAGGCCACACUGGACCAGUUGAGCAUUCCUCGGGAAGACGAUCGUUCCACGUCAAGACCUUCAAACAUCCCUGGCUUUUACGCUACAAAGACCCAGUCAACUAUUCUGGCUUUCAACGCUACUCAUCAAUUGAGUUUACCUGCUAUUCUCAAAGUCUCGAAUGCCAGCCAAACAACCCUCAGGACGCAAAAGCACAAAGCCCAUGGAAACCAAUCUACAGAUCGGCACAGCCAGACUAGUCUCGAAUGGGAGAGAGCACUGCAGCACACAGUCCAGCAACGUGAUCGCAACUCGGACAUUUCCUCUCCUCCAGCAGCAAGGCAUACCAACAACAACAACAACAACACAGUACCAGCCACUGCCGACUUCCCAUCCGCCAUUCCAACCAACAAUCCAAAACGCCGCACUCUCCYACAAAGCACAACACUGGAUCUCCACCUCGCCACACCAGCUCUCAACACUGCAAUAAUCACUCCGAACUUCCCAGUUCGAAACCAAGAGUUAGAACAACACCGUCGCACCAUCGUCGGCGAACAGCGCAGAGAUUUGGCUUUGACGCCUUGCACUACUACUACAGGAGUGAAAAUCCCUUCUACUGCCAAUCUCCCGAGAACAUUCUCCAUCCCACGCAGAGGCGUCGGUCAGGCACCGAAGCAGCAGGCUGUCUCGGGGUUGCCUGUUUCUCGGCCGGGGAAUGGAGAAUAUCAACCUUCCAACAAAAUGUCAGCCAUCGCUGCCUCCUCUGUGCAAACCAUCCCAGAGCAUCUUGAACCGCACCGUACACCCUCAUUCGGCUCUCGUUUUGCUGCGCACAGCGAGACGGCAGUCAUUGCGAAGCGUUCACGUCUGGCGGUACUGAAGAAGAUCAUCACCAAGAACUAUUAG